AUGCCUGUGCAGAAUAAGUUUGAAUUUGAUAUGUCGUUCCCUUGGGUCCAGAGAUAUGUAAUUACAACAUGUCAGACCGUAUAUUAUAAUUUUCGCUAUAAGUUGAAGAAACAUUUUGAGCGGUUUUCAACAAUUGAGGAGGCAAUUCAAAACAAACAUGAAGCUGUCAAGACUCAGGAAGAAUGGGAGUUUCUUUGCACUCAUUUUUCUAGUGAAAAGUUUAAGAUUCGCUCAGAGAAGAAUGUUCUUAAUAGGUUAAAGUUGACAUAUCACCACAAAGCUGGGUCAAAAUUAUUUAUGUCACACCAAGAGCAAGUUACUGGAGAGAUGCAAGGUGCAAUUGAUCAUUUUGAAACAGAGUAUAGAAGUACAAAAAAAGGAUGGGACUUGGGAGCAAAGAAAAAAUGGGAUCAAAUGAUAAAGAUGCGAACAGAUACCACUCAACCUGAUGGAACUCGAACAAUGACAGACGAGGAAAUUUGUGCAAAAGUUCUCAAAGUCAAAUCAGGCUACAUUAAGGGCUGUGGUUUUGGCCCUAGACCACCACCAUUAAGGUUCUCUCGUUCUUCAAUGAGUGAAAUGUCUGAAAAGAAUAAAGAGUUGCAAGAACAGCUUCAAGAGACCCAACAACUUGUAGGAACUCAACAACAGAAGAUCGAUGCGCAAAAUGAGGUAAUCCAAAGAUUGGAAGAGCAAGCCAAAAAGUUUGAGGAGUUUAUGGCUAAUUUUUCGAGGCAACAUCCAUCAGCUUAGUAUUCUUAGUGAACUUAAACUUGGAGAAAUGUUUUUUUGAUC